AUGUUUCGAAAUCAUUAUACUUCCUUCAACUAUUGCCAAACUUAUGUAAAAAAUCGUUAUAAUCCCUUUAACAAUAUACAAUCCCAUCAUAUAUCGAAUGAAAGAAAACUUGAUCAUGAAGAAAAUGAUAAUACUGAAAAUGAAGAAAUCAUUAACGAAGAAUCAUCCGAUGAGAAUUUCAGUAAACUUUCUAGCAAAGAAGAAUCUGAUAAAGAAUCCAGCGAGGAGUCUGACGAAGAACUUGAUGGAGAGUCUGAUAAUGAAUAUUUUAAAUUGGCAUUAUCAUAUCAGGAUAUGGGCUAUCAUUCGGCAAUUUUCGGAAAUUCAUGUCAAUUCUAUGAAUAUGCUUGUUUUUUGGUAGAAGAAAAUGAUAUUAAUGUUCUAUAUCGCCUGCAUAUUGGUGAAGUUGUCACUAUAGCCACCGAUGAUGGCGAAACUUUUGCUAUUAUACGGACUAUUUUUAUCCAUCAAAAUAACCACCAAUAUUUUCGUUUCUGUCGAUGGAUUCGAAAUUACUAA